AGUUGGGUAAUCGUGGGCCUCUGAUGUUAGUGUUUUAAACUCUCAUUUCGCUAUAUAUAAUAUACUCGUUCGUAGCACCGCUUCACAUGAGUGAGCUCUGCAGCUUGCUAAUUUUCUUCUUCGAUCUUUUUCUUCUGUGGCCGUCGUUGUUGCUUUGGCUUCUUUGUUUGAGCUAACAGUGAUGGCUCUCUCGGGCUGUCUUGCUUUUUUCUUGUGCACUUUCCUUGCGAGUGGUUUGGUGUUUGCUGAUGUUGGAGGGGUUGAGGAUGACAAGCACUUGAUUCACCGUCCGCAUUUGUACAAGACGGCAGGCCUAGGUCUAGGUCGUGGGAUUUUUAGGAAAGGGUUUCGACAUGGAAGGUUUGGAAGAGGUGGUCUUGGUGGUGGCGGUGGCCUUGGUGGCGGUGGCGGUGGCGGCUUAGGUGGUGGAGGUGGGCUUGGUGGUGGUGGUGGUCUAGGUGGAGGCGCCGGUGGUGGCUUUGGAGGAGGUGCUGGUGGGGGCAUUGGUGGAGGAGGGGGUCUAGGUGGUGGUGGUGGUCUAGGUGGAGGAGCUGGGGGUGGUUUAGGUGGUGGCAGUGGUGCUGGUGGUGGCUUUGGUGGUGGUUCUGGUGGAGGCCUUGGUGGAGGAGCUGGUGGUGGUGGGGGUCUAGGUGGUGGAGGUGGACUUGGAGGUGGUGGGGGAGCUGGUGGAGGGUUUGGGGCUGGUGGGGGUGGCGGGCUUGGUGGAGGUGGUGGGCUUGGUGGAGGGAGAGGUGGAGGCUUAGGUGGAGGUGCUGGUGGUGGUGCAGGUGGGGGAUUUGGUGGUGGUGCAGGUGGUGGUGGAGGUCUUGGUGGUGGUGCAGGGGGUGGUGGAGGUCUUGGUGGUGGUGCAGGGGGUGGUGGAGGCCUUGGUGGUGGUGCAGGUUCUGGGGGAGGGUUUGGAGCAGGCGGAGGGUUUGGCAAAGGUGGAGGUGUUGGUGGUGGACUUGGUGGCGGUGGAGGUGGUGGAUUUGGUGGAGGUGGUGGCUUUGGGGCUGGUGCUGGUGCUGGUGGUGGUUUUGGUAGUGGGGGUGGUGCUGGGUUUGGAGGUGGACACUAGAGUACGUACGUUCUAGUUGUUUGGAAGAACACUGAUCUGCAGCUAGCAACCAUGCACAGCAGUUGUUCUUCAUGACUUGUUUAGGUGGUAGGAGUGAUAUAUAAUGUGCUCAUUAAUCAUAAAUGGUGUUGUGUUGGUCUUUCUUCUAUUUUAGUCGAGAGAAAAUUUAACUCCGAGCAAUAUUGUUGAUCGAAACUUUCGAUCGAAGGCAAAGAUGCAGCUUCUAUAUAUAAAAUAUAAAUCAAAGAUAUAUCUCUGUAUCAGCAUCUGCAGUUGCAGCUUCGAUCAUCCUGUUGCAAGCAUAUUAUUAUAAACCUGUAAUUUCUCCCUUCGGGUGAAUAAAGUAAUUCCAGGUCUCGCUAGCUAGCAGCUUGUUGGUGCCAAGAGACAUGAUUUCAUUUCUUUUUCA